AUUGUCUCCUUCCUGGAACGAAACAGCAGGCAAAAUGGUAAGAGGGAAAAUUCUUUCUUUUCAGUCAUUUUCAUGUAUUUUCUUGUGUAACAGUAAUUUAUACCUGAAUAUUUGACAUGUAAUACAUGUCUGUGUUUAUCAUACAGGCCAAAUUCUUCACACCAGCUCAAAUCAACGGUAAGAGGAUUUCACAGCACAACAUGUCGUGUAUCUGAAACUAUGGCUCACAGGUCUUUUUAGUGCAUCUUUAUGUUCUUAAUAUACUGAAACAAUAUUUUUUUCACCUUUACUCAUUAGUUCCUGUAAAAUAAAACCAAUGUUUUUUGUUUGUUUGUUUGUUUUACUUUAACCUGCUAAGUGUAAUAAAAACAGUUCUCACAACAGCAGUUUUGCCAAAUAAGCUGACUGAUAUUUACUGUAUAUUUCUCUGGUAGAGUUCAAGGAGUGCUUUUCCUUGUAUGACAAGAAGCAGAAGGGGAAAAUUGAUGCUAAAGAUCUGAUCACGGUUAUGCGCUGCCUGGGUACGAGCCCCACGUUCGGAGAAAUCGAAAGGCAUCUUCAGGUUCACAAAAUUGGUAAUGCCAUCCAGUAAAUCUUUUUGUUUUUGUGUGUAAGUUAGAAUAAAGAAAAACUCACUCAGAGUGGCUGUGGCCAAAGAAGUUGAAAAUAGGGAUCCACUAAAAGUUGAACUACUUUGUUUUUGUUAAUUUCUUUAUGUUGCUGUACUAAGAAAAGAGAAUAAGUGUCGCAAAAAAAAAAACAGAGUUUGGAUUUAUUUUUUCUAAUUGAUUUAAACUCAUAAUUCUGUUUACAAUUAGACUAUUGCCACCCUAAAGUGUCCCUUACAGCAGUUUUAAUACAGAUGUUUGAUGCAGAUUCCUAUAAUUAUUUGACUGCAUUAAGGCAACAUUACAUUUGUGCCGCUCUCUUGUUUAGAUAAAAAAGGAGAGCUGGACUUCUCUACCUUCCUGACAAUGAUGCACAGACAGAUGAAACAGGAGGACCCCAAAGCUGAGAUCCUGGAGGCCUUAAGGAUGACAGACAAACAGAAGAAAGGAUACAUCCAGGCAUCAGAACUUCGGGCCAAGCUCACCAUGUUGGGAGAGAAACUCACAAACAAAGAAGGUAAGAUAAACCCGGAUUAUAGAAAUGACCUCAAGCUGAAAACUCUCAUGGUGCCGUGAGCCCUACAAAAAUCCAUUACAAUCAUCUGAAAGGCUGACUGCUGAGGGUGGCCUUGGAGUUCAGCUCUGUACCUUUGAGAUUACCAGCUGCCGCCGAUAAAUCCUCUGCAUUUCCAGUCUCAUACAAUUCAUAGCUGUCCAAUAACUGGUCUGUGCAGCUCUCCUGGACACAAACUCUGAAUGCUGCAAGGCUUUUGUAAAUUAAAUUCUUCGGCAGUAGUUACACAGAUGUGAACUUUUAUUUCCCAUGGUUCCUCUGACAAUGUAGAGCAAUUACUAUUCAACCAGUCACAGUCUGGCGUCUAAUUUAGGGCCAGUUUUUACACGCUGACUUUUUUAAAGCAACCAGCUCAUGAAUAGUAAUGCGUACACACAUGCUGUUGUUUAUGACCAAGUAGAGGCCGUAUAAAAUGGAUCUUUAGACUAAUCUAGAGAAAAUUUGGGGUCAUACAAAUAGAAUGAGACUCAAUCUUUGUCUUGCAUUUACUUUCAAAGUUUGUCUAUUUUUACAGCAACAUUGAGAUUAUUUCAUCGUCUGUACUUUCUGACAUAUCAGACUUGAAGUUUUAUAUGAAGUGUUGAUGGCUGAAUCUAGAUUAUGCUGGAUUACACUGACAAAAAAACUUCUGAUGAGAGCCUAAUACCCAUCGAGUUUUCGUAGUUGGUUUUGAUGCUUCUUGUAUUUCUAAGCCUGUGCUCAGCUAUUAAGACAGCCAGCAGCCAUUAGAAACCUUCAGAUAUAAUUGAGUUGUCAGUGCUCUCUGUUUAAAUGUGCAUUAGUUGCCUUGAGCAUUUCGUAUAAAAACAGUCAUCUUAUUCUCAUUGGGGAAACCUCUGGGGAAAGAGGUCGAUUUGAAGCAGACUGUAAUGUUGCUCAGCUGAAAGAGCGCUGACAGCCCUCUCAAGCUGUUUCACUCCCAACUGUUGCAAUUCACACUUUCUCUGUACUCACACACCAUUUUGAAGGAUUUGUCAGUCAAAAUCUCCCACCAGCGGAGACCAGCUUACCCCAAACUGUGACAGACUGCAGCUCUGAAAAGUUGUGGGUGAUGAAUGCCUGAUAAAUUUCCAGGCAGCACUCUCUUCAUCAUCUGUGUGGCUUUUCAAUGUUUUUCUGUCUUCUUUUCUGUCUAGUGGAUGAGCUCUUCAAGGAGGCGAAAGUCAAGUCAAACGGGGUUAUCAAGUAUGAGGAGUUCACACAGAUGGUAACACUGCCACCUGUUGAUUACUGACACUGAAGGACCUGAAAAUAAUCACAGUGAUUAGGGGCUGACCUCAGAUUCUCAGGACACGAGUAUUGUGAAGUACUGCUACAGCUAACACUAUGUGAUGCUAUUUGGCACCUUUUGUCUUAACUCUUUCCCAAAUACUUACUUUAAAUAAAACUUCCUGCUUAA